CAGACUAGACCGACGAUGUACCAACGGAAGCUGGGUUUGAGGUGACGACCAGAGAUCAGGGAGGAAGUAGUUUGCCUCAAGAUGGAGAUGAGAAAUGAAAAGUAAAACUGGAGCCAUCAAGGUCACCAUCAAGGACAACAGGCAGCUCAGCCCAACUCUUCUUUUAGAUGUUCAUGUCGAGAGAGCCCCAUUGGUGUAGCUCUGGUCAGGGUGUCUGGGCUAGACCCAAAAGGACCCCUACCUACUCUUUUUGACUAACAGUUGUCAGUCUCUCAGUCAGGGGUUGGAACCUGCCUGUUUGUGGGAGUAUUUGAGCACGUGGCUUUAGCCACAGAUCCACCUUGCUGGCCUGGGCAGGUGCUUCAGUUGGGUCAUUUCCAGAUCAGUAACAAGGGCCUUAGUGGCAAUGACUCUGGGAACAGUGGAGUGAGAUGCCUCAAGGGGCAAGGAACCUCUGCAAAUAUUCUCACGAUGUUCUCUCGGAGCACAACUUCCAGAUCCUGAAGAACCACGAGCUCUCUGGGCUUAACCAGGAGGAGCUGGCGGUCCUCCUGGUCCAGAGCGACCCUUUCUUCAUGCCUGAGAUAUGCAAGAGUUACAAAGGGGAGGGCCGUAAACAGAUCUGCGGGCAGCCACAGCCGUGCGAGAGACUCCACAUUUGUGAGCAUUUCACUCGCGGCAACUGCAGUUACCUCAACUGUCUCAGGUCUCAUAACCUGAUGGACAGAAAGGUGUUGGUCAUCAUGAGGGAGCACGGGCUGAGUUCUGACGUGGUCCAGAACAUCCAGGACAUCUGCAACAACAAACACACUCGGAGGAACCCCCCUGGCAUGAGAGCUCCCUAUCCACAUCGCAGAGGUGGGGCACACAGAGACAGAAGCAAGAGCAGAGACCGAUUCCUUCACAACACAACAGAACUUCUCUCCACCGUCUCACCUCUGGGAUCUGGUCCUCCUAGCCCAGAUGUCACCAGCUGUAAGGAUUCCCUGGAGGAUGUGUCUGCAGAUAUCACCCAGAAGUUCAAGUACCUGGCUACUCACGACCAGGCGCAGCUUACCUCGGCCUCGUCUAAGGCUGCUGGUGUCCGAGGACCCAGUCAGAUGAGAGCAAGCCAGGAGUUUCCGGAGAAUGGAGAUGCAGAUGGCUUAUUUUCUAGGAAUCGUUCGGAUUCAUCCUCAAGUCGAGCCUCUGCUGCCGGCUUUCCUCUUGAUGUGGCACAAAGAAAAGAAGCCGGGGCCCUCAAAAUGGGCGUGCCUUCUGGACACCGCAUGGAGGUCAAGGGCAAGAACGAGGACGUCGACCAAAUCCUGCUUUUAAGUAGUUAUAUUGGUGGGAUGACAGAGGAAGAAACAACAGUCCCAGGAGCUCUAAGUAAAAGCACCACAGCCUUUUUGGAAGACUUGGAAGAAAUGAUGUUUCCUAGCAACCAUCAGAAGCAUAUGGCUAAGACCCAGAAUCCCCAGACCGCUGGCAGAAUCACUGACAGUGGUCAAGACACGGCAUUCCUGCAUAGUAAAUAUGGAGAAAACCCAUCGUGGCCUGGUACAUCUACCCAUAAUGGCCCAAAUGGUUCUAGUCAAAUUAUGAAGGAAAUGUCUAAUGUCUCUAAAAGUAGUGCCACUGGUUUUGGCGUAAAAUCCGCAAUUACUGGAGGAAAAGAAGCAGUCUAUUCUGGAGUUCAGAGCCUGAGAAGCCAGGUCCUGGCUAUGCCUGGGGAGACCACAACCCCUAUACAGGGCAGCAACAGGCUGCCUCAGUCACCUCUGUCUCCCUCAAGCCACAGAGUUGCAGCCCCUGGGAGCCCUGGCAAGAACUCCACCCAUGCCUCCGGGAGCCUAGCCAGCGAGUCCUCGAGAAUGAUGUCUGACCCUGCUGAGCAUCUCCUCCGCUACAUCGUAAGUCCUACAUCUCCUAGGAUGGAUGAUCGUGGCCCGAAGGAAAUCUGUCAGGACCAUCUGUACAAGGGCUGUCAACAGAGCAACUGCGACAAGAGCCACUUCCAUCUGCCCUACCGGUGGCAGCUGUUGAUGUCCAACACCUGGAUGGACUUCAAGGACAUGGAGUAUAUCGAGCAGGCCUAUUGUGAUCCCCAAAUUGAAAUCAUUUUGAUAGAAAAACAUCAGAUCAAUUUCCAGAAAAUGACUUGUGAUUCCUACCCCAUCCGACGCCUCUCCACUCCUUCAUUUGCCGAAAACACACUUAAUUCUGUCUUCACCACCAAGUGGCUUUGGUAUUGGAAGAAUGAACUUAAUGAAUAUAUUCAGUAUGGGAAUGAGAACCCAGGCCACACCAGCUCCGACAUCAACUCUGCAUACCUGGAGUCUGUCUUCCAGUUCUGUCCCAGGGGAGUUUUGCCGUUCCAUGCUGGUUCACAGACUUACGAGCUAAGCUUUCAAGGGAUGAUUCAGACGAAUAUAGAUUCCAAGACUCAAAGGCAUGUUGUCAGAAGGCCAGUAUUUGUUUCUUCGAAGGAUGUGGAGCAGAAGAGAAGAGGUCCAGACCCUCAGCCAGUGAUGCCCCAGGCAGAUGCUCUGGCCCUGAAUUCUCUUCCCCAGAAGAAUGCUAGCCCUGUUUCUCUUAAGGAAUAUGAGUUUCUAGAACUCUAUAGCCAGGACGCGGAGUAUGCCACAGUAAGUGAGCACUUUAAAGCAUCCAUGAAACAUUUCAAGAUUGUGACGAUAAAGAGGAUAUGGAACCAAAAGCUGUGGGACACUUUUCAGAGGAAGAAGCUAAAGAUGAAAAAUGCCAAUGAGAUGCUCCUGUUUCACGCAACAAACCGCACCCAUGUGGAUUACAUCUGUAAGAAUAAUUUUGAGUGGAUCCUACAUGGAAGUCGGGAGACCAGAUAUGGAAAAGGAAAUUAUUUUGCAAAAGAAGCUAUCUAUGCCCACAAGAGUUGUUCCUAUGACCCCAGAAGCACCGUCAUGUUCAUAGCCCGAGUCCUGGUUGGAAAUGUCAUUGAAGGAAAUAUGACGUUCAGUAGCCCUCCUGUGCUCUAUGACAGCUGCGUGGACACUAGGCUGAAUCCUUCUGUCUUUGUCAUUUUCCGGAAAGAACAGAUUUACCCAGAGUAUGUGAUUGAGUACGUGGAGUCAGAGAAGGAGAAAGGGUGUGUAAUUAGUUAGAAAGGACGUAUACCAUGCUGAAACCGUUCCGUUGCCUCCUAGGACCAGAUCACCCCCAGACAGUAGGCGGGCUCUUACAUUCCCUUGCUGCAUUACCUGACGUCUUAACCAGCGCUUAGCUUCCCCGUGUUCCCGAGUCUGUUUUACCUCCCAGCCAUUGCUGUGUUCUUAUCGUUCUUGGUGCCUUUGCACCUAACUCAUUGGUUCUAGACGAACUAUUCUGUCAGUUUUUAUCACCUAGUAGGCAAUAUCUGUUUUGUUUAAUAUUGAAAGUGCAAUUCGGGUAUAGAUUGUCCACACAAUUACAUUAAUUAAAAACUAUCAAAUUUACUAUAAUGUAAGAGGGAAACAUAAGGUCAUAACUUCAGCAUGACUUGAAGUACUAAGCCGUAAUGGAGUCCUCAGGUGCCUACCCUUACCAUGAGGCAAGAUGAGCUUGGAAGAAAGGAAUUGGAGAAACAUGAAAAAGCAGGGACAUGUGUAGACAUUAGGGUAAAAACUAACGACACACGUUAUUUGCAAGUGUCAGCAACUAUCUGUACAUGGUAAGAACGAAAAUACCUUCAUUGAAAUAAAGAUACAGCACAGAAGAACUUACAGACCGUCAUCUGAGGAGAAUGAAGAGAUACAUUCUUGCAGCUGUAGGUCGUACACGGAUGUCUAAAGAGACAUUCAAAACUCGAAUAGGGCACAGAGUAAUUUCUUAUUGUGAGGAACUGCCCAACGUAUGGAAAGAUGUUGGCUCUCACAUACUAAAUGCCAGUGGCGCCCUCCUUCGUCCGGAGUCAUGGCAACCGCAGACCCUACUAGAUCCUUUUAAAGGUAGAUCUUUUAUAACAUCCUUUGCCAUCUUGAGGUGAUUUAUAGGUAAUAUAAUCUACAUUUGAGUUUAUUCAGACUUAAUUUAGUGCCCUACUUGUGAUAUAAUGGAAACUUAGAAGGUCAGAACUCUGUAAUGAACACAAACUGUAAGUGCUCAGGCGUGACUAUGCUAUCAGCUACGAAACAGGUUCACUCUCACUAGGUUUGGCUUAAGAGUUCGGCAGGGGCAACUUCCUGAGCUGAAUGAAGUACAGGAAAAUGAAAGAUUAAAGGGAUGUGUGACAGAAUGCAGUAUUAGGGUACGCCAUAGCAGACUCCGUACCUUAUCUGUCUAUAGUGAAGGAAAGGGCGCCACAGUCACUUUAAUUGAAAUGAUAGAUAGUAAGGACAAAUUACAGUCUGUCUCAGAGGAAUCCAAGGAUUCUUUCUCAGACAAGUUGUAGGUCCUGCAUAAAUGUCCGUCAGGACAUUAGCCAGUCGUAAAGGUGCAGAACGAACUGACUGUGUGGGACCGGCCCAUCCACACACAGCAGGGCACUUGUUCUGCCUCAGGCUGCAUCUACUUACUCAGUGCCGUUAAUAAACUUCAGAUACAAAACCAACAACCCAUCACUCGCCAGUAUGCUACAAUGGGAACUACUGAUCUACUAAUGGCAGCACUCUUGGUUGGAGCAAUUCAAUUGUUAUUUCUUCUCUAUUACAACAGAAUAAGACAGAUUCUUUCCUCUCAAGCCCCCAGUUUUUAAAAAUGCUGUGUUCUUGAUUUAUAAUCCUUGUUUGCUCAAUAAAAAGGAAAAAGUAAUUUGA